CCGCGCCCCGCCGCCCCCGCCGCGCCCAGCCCCGCCGCUCCGAGCCGAGCCGAGCCGAGCGCUGCCGCCGCCCGGCGAUGCCAGCCGGCCCCCGGCCGAGCGGCCCCGGGAGGAGGCACUGACGGCGGAGCGCACGGACGGCGGCCAUGGGCAGCGGCGGCCCCGGCCCGCACGGACGGCACCGGCAGAUGCGCUGAUGUCUGCCCCCUGCAAAGACCCCUUCUACCUGCGGCUGGCAGAUGCACGGGUGUUAGCGUGAAGCCCCAGUAAGAGAAUGAGUGAAAGAGACAUCCAAAGCUUGAGCAAAUGGGUUUUAGUGCUCACUCUCUGCCUUACCACGCUAUGGGGAAGACUGACCCUGGCCUCCACCCACCACAGAAGCCAUUCAGUGCACAUCGAGCCCGGCACCUGCGAGGUCAUCGCGGCUCACAGGUGCUGCAAUAAGAACAAGAUCGAGGAGCGCUCCCAGACGGUGAAGUGCUCCUGCUUCCCGGGGCAGGUGGCAGGGACGACACGAGCGGCCCCAUCCUGCGUGGACGCCUCCAUCGUGCUGCAGAAGUGGUGGUGCCAGAUGGAGCCCUGCCUCGACGGGGAGGAGUGCAAGGUCCUGCCCGACCUCUCAGGCUGGAGCUGCAGCAGCGGCAACAAAGUGAAGACAACCAAGGUCACCCGAUAGCACCCCUGUGGGGGUCCCCGCUGCAUCGCCCGUGCCGUGCCCAGGGGGCGGCGUGCUGUGGUGCUUCCCGUCCUGCGUCCCGUGCCGCCGUCGGACCAUGCCAGGUACGGGUUUGGAGCAACUGCUGCCACCCAGCUUCCCGUCCAGGCUGCAAGAAUGGGGCCCUGAAGGCAGCUGCAAGACUCCUGCUGCUCCACGGCCCCCUUCUCCCCCAUGGACGUGCUCACCGACCAAGGAAUGGGCUCAUUCUCCCGUCCUCUUAAAUAAAAUGCUCCGAUCAUGUAA